GGUAUGGCUCGUACAAAAUGCAAAACCAAAACCGUAGCCAAUCCUAGAACUGGAGUCAGAAAAACCGCAAAAGAUCUUUCUGAACCAGUUCGUCAGGAUGCCGUUUCAAGAAGGAGGCCCACAACUCUUCCUUUUGUUGGAAAUACCUCAAGUCGUCCAAGGGUGUUUUACGAUGUUCUAGCCAAGAAGAAUGUCGUCUUCCCAAAUGUCAAAGCAGAGUACCACUAUAGAGUUCGCAAUGCUCCGAAGAUUGAUCCAAAGAAUUUUGGCACGACGCUUCCAAUCUGCUAUUCUUCAAUCGGACCUGCAAAAACACUUGAACUUCGUCCACUGGGUCGUCUACCCCCGCACAUCAUCAAAGCGUUGAAUGAUCACUACGUGCAACUGACACGUGGAUCUAUGGUUCCGGCUGCGGAUCUAUAUAACAAUGGAGAUCAUCCAGCAGAACAACGCAUACCAACAAUGUUGAAUGAGAAUGAGUACUUGCGUUUGAUCCAGGAACUCGAGGAAGAGGAGAAGUCGAAGCAGUUUUCAGCUACAUCCAGCUCCGCACCACAUGUGAACCCAUAUAGUGCCCAACACUUGGUUAACGGUGAAAUUAUCGGAAUCUUUGUCAUUUAUGGAACUGGUCUUGUUACUCGCGCUGUUUGCUCACAAACUCGCGAAAUGUUUACCGCUCACGUGCUUCCUGAAUGGAAAGCGUCGAAAGUGAUUGACGUCAUUCGACGACUUCAAAUCCCCACCGACAUCUCAUCCAUGACCGCUGAUGAAAUCCGUUUAAGCGAACUCUGCAUAUCAAAGAGAAUGGAAAUUAUCAAGAGUAACGACAGAUACAUUCUUAUGAAUCCGUGCGAAUCGGCUACAAUUCACUCCUACGCCACCGAGCGUCUUGAUGAAAUAACUGAAAACGACGUGAUGAGUAUCUACCAAAAGGUUGUGGAGAUUGUUCGAUUUUGUCAUUCGAGAAAAGUGAUUCUCCAAAACUUCAAGCCUAGAAGCUUCUACCUAAAGAAAGAUGCACAUAACAAAUGGGUUGUUCGUCCGUGCUUCCUUCAAGACAUGAGCUGUGAGGAAGAUCAGUCCGAAGCGCAAUUUACUCGUAGAUCAGUUUGCGUUCCAUUCAUGGCUCCGGAGAUGCUCACUGCCGAGUCGAGAACACAUCAUAGCUAUAGCACCGAGCUUUGGGGACUUGGUGUCUUACUGUACAUAUUGCUAACUGGAAAGUAUCCAUUCCAUGAGAAUAGUAUGCCACUGUUGUUCCGUACCAUCAAAUUCAAACAACAUCGCUGGCCGUUUAAUUUUAUAUCCUCCAAAAGUAGAAACAUUGUGAACAUGCUGCUAAAAAAAGCACCAGCAACCCGAAUGAAUCUCGAAGAUCUGUGGAAUCAAGUGAAUGGAGAUUUCCCGGAAAUUAGAUGUCGUUCCAACAUAAUCCUGAAGAAACAGGAUAUGAUUGUGAAGAUGGACCUGUUCGAGAUGUACUACAACACCUAUAAAGAUCGACUUCUUCCGAAAAACGUACUCCCAAUGUAUGAAGAAAUGAAGGCUUGCAGAAAUGAUUCAACAAUUCUCACCGAAAUGGCAAAGAGAGAUUUUCGCUCAAUUCAAGAGCAGAUGAAACGUCGAAUUGAAACGAAACCAACUGAAUAUCAAACAUUAGUGAUGCAAGUUCGCCUGCAACAGAUCAACCAACUAUUCUUCGAGAAGGAAGUAAGCCAAGCCCAAAAGCAACAUCGUGCUCCAAGACUGGUCCAACUGAAAUGCAGUGAUAUAUCGAAAGAGCUACUGCUUCCCGGUGACAUUUACCCAAUUAGCGAACAUUAUCACCCAAGCCAGCAGCCAGUUGAUAAAGUCGUCUACAAGCUUCUGUCCGACGCCAAUUCGCUGGCGUUUCCAACUGUUAUGAAAGGGACCGUUCCGAAAUCAUAUCCACCUCCGGUGUUCAAGGGACUUGACAUAUCGCCCUCCUAAAUAGAACAUGUAAAUAGAUAGCUAGCUUUCUUUAUGUACUUUCCAACUUUCUGUAUGUUCUCUCGCAUCCUUGUAAUUAACUCGUCAGAAAUUCUUAUUCUACCAACUUUCAAAAUUCCGAAUAUUUUAGAAAAUCUGUAAUGUAAUUCAAGGUCGACAAACUACCUCUAUGGGUGUUUUAUUUAUCAUCAUGUCUGUUUUUUGUUUCAAUCUCCAACUUCAUGUAACUACUCUUAUCUCAUAUAAGGUCUGCCAAUGUGUAUUCCUCCCUGUCUCCUCCCAGUCAGCAUUCAAACUUUCGCAAGAAGUUUCGAUACUGUAGCACUGCUAUAAUAUACAUAUUCACAAAACUCUUUUACAAAACCGAUAAGCCUGUGAAUUAUCAAUAAACAUUGGGUCACAAA